AUGGAAAACAGAUGCAAAAAAGAUCUAUGCUCCCACGAUGACUCGCCUUCGAAAAUUCCUGUGCAGUGGAGGGACGCCGAGAUGUGUGCCCUGGACACAGGAAUACUUUGCUUUGGCACAGACUGGCCUGCGAUUCUGAAGAAGUACGGCAAAUACCUCGGGCCCGACAAGGAUGAAAGAGAAAUAAAAAGACAGUACUACGAAAACAUCCAAGCUCGAUGCCUGGAAGAAGCCAACAUGAAACAUGCUGUUGUCGUCAACAUGUACGGAAUGCCGAUAUACAGGAACGGGAAGAUUGUGUAUUUCUUCUGCACCAACCCAUUGGUGGAGUUGCAAAAGAUGGUUGAAAGGAGCGGGGAAGAAUAUCAGGAGGGAGAAGACAUUUUUGUGGGCACAUACUUCGGCUCUGUCAAGAAAAUCCACCGGUACAGAGUCUCCAGGGCCGAUGGCAUUGUGACUGUGGAUCCACUUUCCACAGCCUACAUUGAAAACAGCGUGCUAGAGCAUGAGUGGAAGCAUGCGGUAAGAAGCCAUCUUAGGAGACACCCGUAUGAUAUCUGUAUGCCUGGAGCUUGUUUUGGCGAAGAGGAACUUUUCCACGGGGCAACAGAGAGGUGA